CCACCUUGCUGAUCGAGCUGGGCUCCUCUGACUGAUGUGUCUGUAGAGGAAUAUUUUAACAUGACAAAGACACGUAAUCAGAGGAUGAUUCUGGACAAUAAAAGUGAGACGAACAGGUCGAUUGUCACACAGACAGAUGAAGAACAUCUGAGGUUAUACUCCAGUUUGUGGAUCCACUGAGACAGUCAUGCGUUCUGCUGUGGUGUCGGCUGUCAUUCUGCUCCUGGUUCUGGUUCACAUCCAGGACUCUCUCUCCAAUUCGGUUCGAACCAUGUGCCUGCAGAAAUAUUCACCCAGACCCUGUGGUGGCGGAUGGAUCCGGGUGACCGGCAACAAGUGUGUGAAGUACUUCAGGCUGUCCAAAACCUUCUGGGAGGCCCAGAGUCACUGCGCCGGUCAGGGAGGUCACCUGGCGUCUAUUCACAACACAGACGAGAACGGGCACGUGAUGUGUUUGAGCGUGAGCACCCCCAAAAAAUCCCCGACAUCUAAUGACUAUUUCUGGAUUGGUGGAAGGAGCUCAGCCCCGCUGUCUGGCUAUGGAUGGACCGACAAAUCUGCGUUUGGCUUCACUAAAUGGCACCCUGGGCAGCCGGUGAAUAGAGCCAGUCACACCUGCGUGGCGAUGAACUACAAACACUGGGGCGACUGGACGAACAUCGACUGCAACAGCAAGAAGAACUUUGUGUGUGUCAGAUAAAUGUGAUCGUCAUCAUGAAGUCCUGAGCUGCAGUUUGAUGUUAAUCAAUAAUCAAUACACAAACUGUCUGAACUUAAUAAAUGAUCAAUGAACAUG